AUGGUGGCGCACGACGGAAAGAAAUGGACGGACUUCCCGUCCACCUCCGAUGAAAAAGCGGUCUGGACAUGGCUCCGUGCGCUUGAAGAACGCUUCUUGACUGAUGCACCCCACAAGUUAUACACCACCCGAACCGCCAACCAGUUCAAGGAACGGAAGGGCCAGAUGGAUCUCUUCUUUCAGAAGCCAGCCAGGAAAGCCAACAGCACAUUUACCUACAAGGACGUUCUCGUUGUUGGAGAGCAAAAGAAAUCGGAGGACAAGUUCAAGGCGACUCUCCUCCAGCUCACGCGGUAUGUGCGAGGUGUCUUCGCCGACCAGCCGACGCGCCGAUUCGUCCACGCGUUCUCCCUCUGCGCUUCCAAGAUGGAGCUCUGGGUCUUCGAUCGGUCUGGGCCGUUUAGCUCGGGGUCAUUCGAUAUACACGACGAGCCGGACAAGUUCGUGCGAGCUCUUGUUGGAUACGCUACGAUGAGUGACGAAGCGAUGGGCCUAGACACAUUCAUUGAACGAGAGGGGGGCCAUCGCUGUGCCACUCUGGAGGACGCAAGCGGCAACGAAACAAGAGUCAGGCUGGAGGGGCUGAUAGUCAGGCAGCGCGCUAUCGUGUGUCGCGGGACUACUUGCUACCGCACCCGAAACGGGCAUGUUGCUAAGUUCUCCUGGGCAUCGGAUAAGCGGAAACCUGAGGUGGACCAUCUCAAGCUGGCAGGAGAGAAGGGCGUGGAGGGGGUGGCGAGAGUGGUGGCGCACCGUCAAAUCACCACCAUUGCAGACAUGCGGAAGGGACUGGAGUUUCCAAAACCUCACGGGUUCCGGGAUGAAGAUGUCCACUUCAGAGAUCUACCAUCGGCCGUAGGAAGCACGGGCACAGCAAGUCACAAGCGCAAAUCAUCCUCUGACAACACGUCUGAAAACAUUUCUGGAUCCAAGAGGCGGCGGUCCAACAGACAGAAGUUAAAGCUGGCCAAGGAUUUUAACGAGCAGCUGUCGAUCGGCAAGACCAAACCAAGCUUGUAUACUUCUAGGGGCGAGGAUCCGUUUGACAACAGGAUCUAUUCUUGCCUCGUCGUCUCACCAUCUCUCUACGUCACUGGCAACAUUCUCCACCGCGACAUCUCGUCAAACAACGUUAUCAUCGCAGACGCAAAGAAGCCAGGGGACUUCAAAGGAAUGCUCAUCGACCUUGACCUGGCCAAAGUUAGAGACAGUGGCCCGAGCGGAGCGCGGCACCAGACUGGCACGAUGCAGUUUAUGGCGGUCGAGGUGCUGCGCAAGGCCGAUCACACCUACCGGCAUGAUCUUGAGUCGUUUUUCUAUGUUUUGCUUUGGAUCUUCAGGGACAUUGCGAAAGCAAAGGAGGGUGACAUGACUAUGAAUGGUCUCGAAAGGAUUAUGGGCGAGUUUCCAGAGCGGCUUGAUAUUGUCAAGCCUCUCUGUUUGAGGAUCAGGAAGAUUCUCUUUCCCUUGGACGAAGACGAAAGGAUGAGCUUUGGAACCCCUGCAGGAGACCCAGACCAACUUUACAGGCCCAUUAUAGCCGCCUAUGAUGAGGCCAUCGGUAAGUUGGAUGAGAUGUUCGAGAUACGGGCGCUAUAG